ACUCGCAUUGAAGCCGCUGCUGUCGCCGCAGAGAGGUCGGUAGGUUAAGUGUCACAAACAUCCAUUUUGACAGCUCUGGUAGAUCUUCUCAGUCUGCACUCGCAUGGCCGUGAACCGUCCGCUCUCAGAUUAAACCCAGUGUGCUUCGCUUCAGAACUUCGUCCUUUUAGAUGCCGCUCAGCCUUUGCAAAUGGCUUGCUGUCUGAAGGACGAGCUCCUCUGUUCCAUCUGCCUCAGCAUCUAUCAGGACCCCGUCAGCUUCGGCUGCGAGCAUUACUUCUGCAGGAAGUGCAUCACCGAGCACUGGAGCAGGCAGGAGCCACACGGUGCGCGGGACUGCCCCGAGUGCCGCCGGACCUUCGCCGAUCCGCUGCUGUCGCCGAGCCUCAAGCUGUCCAACAUUGUGGAGCGCUACUCGGCCUUCCCGCUCGACGCGAUCCUGAACGCGCAGAGGAGCUCCUACCCCUGCAAGGACCACGAGAAGGUCAAGCUCUUCUGCCUGACGGACAAAAGCCUGGUGUGCUUCUUCUGUGACGAGCCGGCGCUUCACGAGCAGCACCAGGUGACCACCAUUGACGAGGCGUUCGAGGAGAUUCAGAGGGAGAUGAAGGAGCAGCUGGCUUCGCUGCAGGACAGCGAGAAGGGACACUCCGAGGCCCUCCAUCUCCUGCGGAGACAACUCACGGAGACCAAGUCUUCAGCCAAGAGUCUUCGUGCAACCAUCGGCGACGCGUUCGAGCGGCUUCACCGCUUCCUCCGAGAGCGCCAGAAGAGCAUGCUGGAGGAGCUGGAGAUGGACACGGCCCGCAAGCUGGCCGACAUCGAGCAGAAGAUCCAGUGCUACAGCCAGCAGCUGCGCGACGUCAAGGAGGGCAUCCAGAUCCUGCAGGAGCGCCUCAGCGAGACGGGCCACCACGACUUCCUGGAGGGCGUGGCCAUCACAUCCGAGAGGGUUAAAGGGAAGAUACAUGAGACCAAUCUGACUUAUGAGGACUUCCCAACGUCCAAGUACAUGGGGCCCCUGCAGUACACAAUCUGGAAAUCACUCUUCCAAGACAUUUCACCAGUGCCAGGAGCCCUGACCCUUGACCCCAUCACAGCCCACCAAAGACUGAUCCUGUCAGACGAUUCCACCAUCGUGGCGUAUGGGAAUCUCCACCCGCAGCCUCUGCAGGACUCCCCGAGGCGCUUCGACGUGGAGGUCUCCGUCCUGGGCGCCGAGGGCUUCGUAUCGGGCGUCCACUACUGGGAGGUGAUGGUGUCGGAGAAGACGCAGUGGAUGAUCGGCGUGGCCAACGAGACGGUGAGCCGCAAGGGCAGCAUCCAGAUCCAGCCCAGCCGCGGCUUCUACUGCAUCGUGAUGCACGACGGCAACCAGUACAGCGCCUGCACCGAGCCCUGGACGCGCCUCAACGUCAAGAGCAAGCUGGAGAAGGUGGGGGUGUUCCUGGACUACCCGAAAGGCCUGCUCAUCUUCUACAACGCAGACGACAUGUCCUGGCUCUACACGUACCGGGAGAAAUUCACCUCAAAGGUCUUCCCUUAUUUCAGCCCCGGCCAGAGCCACGCCAACGGCAAGAACGUGCAGCCGCUGCGCAUCAACACCGUGCGGCUUUAAGGGGAAACGAUGACCAAACAGAUGAUUAAAUCAUAGGUGACAGAAAUGUUUAAAAAUGUAUAUUGGGGGUUGUUAAAGUUUUUUGUUUUUUUUCUUAGUUCUGUCAAGAAUCAUGCUUUCCGAAAUGUUUAUUUUUUAAGAACCUUAAAGUCGUCGUUUGCACUUGGACCUCAUUGAGCAUCCUGUUGGGAACAAAGAUGACACUAAGUGGAGAAACUAAGUGGGCUUUGACAGACGGAGAUGAAGAACAGGCCCAACUCACACUCCCAGGCGAAUCGCUCUCACUAUAAACUCUCGCCUGUCAGGCUCGAUGUCGCCUGUCUGUUUCCAAACAAGUGCACCAGUGAAAAACAGCCUCUUGUCUUCUUCUAUACUGCUGGUUUCCGGUGCUGGAUGUGAUUGACGGGACUCCUGUUUGUUUUCUCUGUUUUUCAGAUUGUGACUCACUCGUGUCAAGUGUUCUGGUAUCUUGGAGUUGUUGCUGUUUUGUUUUUUAAUAAGUUAAUUUGUGGAUUUUGGCUUCAGAAGAGCCUUAAAUAAGAGAGUAUCAUUUUUGUUUUGGACUAUUAUGUUUCUCUGUGUAAUCCGUCAUUGUGAAGAAAACCUGCGUGUGUGUGUGUGUUCUGUCUGUUUUAUUUCUAAACACUUAAGAGCAGAAGAGCACUACUUGCAGUGUCUUGCAAAAGUAUUCACACUUCUUGAAUUUUUUCUCACAUUACAACCAUAAGUUCAAUGUAUUUUAUGUGCCUGAUCGAGACAAAGUGAGUUUGAGCUUGUUAAGUAAAGUCUCUGAAAAGUGUGGCAUGCAUUUGUAGUCGGCCCCUUUCCUUUGCAAAACAGGUCAAGCUCAGACUGGAUAGAGAACUGGAUGAAGUUUUAACAUAGAUUGUCCACUAGAUUUAAGUCUGAACUUUGACUAGGCCAUUUUAACACAGGCAUCUAUUUUAAUCUAAACUGUUAUUCUUCUUUGUUUUUGUUUUUUUGUAUGUUGGUCAAAACGUUGCUUGGUUCUGGUUUUCUUCUUGCCAGUCUUCCAUAAAAGCCACAUUUGAGAAGAAUUUAAGUGACAGAUUCUUCCACCUGAGCUAUGAAUCUCCACAGACCCUCCAGAGUUGCCUUUUCAUCAUUUCUGAGGGUAAAUAGUUGCACUGGUUUAAUUUGUAAAGUGUUUAAGAGGGGUGAAAACAAAUGCUUCCCCCACUUUUGUGUGUAAAAACCAUAGAAACUCUUCAUCAUUCUACUUGUACAUCAUAAUUAUGCACUGCUCUCUCUUGCUUUCACAUCAUAACAUAAAAUGUUGGCUGUAACUUCAUACAACAUGGCUGCAUCGGGGGUGUGAAUACUUUUCUAAUGCAUUGUGCUCAGUAGGUAAUUUUAAAAAGGCAGGACAUUGCUUAGGCAAAUGCUGCUAUUGGUGAAGCAAGGACCUUCUAGUUUGUACAUAAAGUAAAAAGGAGGAAGUCUCCAGUGGAUUUGUUCAUAUUUAAGUUCCUGUCCUCUUCCUGAGACGUCCACAUGUUUCUUCCCUCAUCUUGUCUUAAUAUUAAAUGGAUAUUAAAUUAAGUAAAUAUUGAUUCUUGUUGUCGAGGGAGGUGUGAGGAGAGUGCCACAGAGAACCAGUGUCCUCUUCUAUUAAUUCACCUCAUUUGUUAGAUGAAAUUGAGCUGAAUGUUUGGAGAAGAGGCAGUGGGCGGGUGAGUUAUGUGCUGGUGUUGCAUGAUAAUAAAAAUCACAGAUCAUUCCUUUUGAGGCUCGGUCAUGUUCAUUUCUGUCCCAUGUGCCUCACGUGCUCUUGUUUCAUCGUCAGUCACCCACAAGUCCUGCUGUCUGGGGUCGCAAAUCCAACUUUGGCUGUCGCUAAUGAAGCUGAACGCCCAAGCAAUGGAAAAAAAAUAGUAAUAAUUGCACAAUUCUUCAAGAUCAAGUUGAUCUCAACCAACAAAUAAUGAAACAAAAGCAGCAGCCUUCCUUUGCUACUGUAUUUUUUUAUUUUUGCAUUUGUGCGCGUGUCGUCUUUGUUGGUUUAUAAAGUAAAAAUUGGGGCAGUGCCCUCACUUCGGUAGGAAAUGAUUCUGGUAUGUGCCGUAGAAUGUGAGUCGAGCUGCGAGUCGGUGGCUGUUUUAACAUGCACAGAUCUGCAGGAGUCUCUGAUGAUCCUUAAAUUAUGAGUCAUUUUUGCAGAGCAACACCUGGAUCUGCUUGUUACCCACAAAAAGCCUGCUGUUCGGUUUAUUUUAAGGUUUUAGGCUGAAGUUCCAGACACUAUGGAGAGCUUUCUGAUGUUUUGGUCUAAAGUGGAUCUUGACAUGCAGGAUUAAAGAGAAUUUGACUCCAGAUUGUUUUGCUGCAUUCAGUGGAAAUAUUACAACUAAUAGGAGUUGUGUUGGGUCAAUGUUGAAUCUAUUGGUAAAAUAUAUAUAUAUUAUGCUCAUAACUAUGACACUUUAUAUGGAUAUAAUGAUGACUGUGUCUUUUGAUGAUGGCCUAUUCGCACCUGUUGUGUUUAAAAAAAAAACACUUCAGUGGGCUUUUGCUGCUGGAGGAUUGUGGGAAAUGUUUUAAUGUACAAUAAACCACUAUAAAAACCUGA